UUUCAUCAACGUACGGGUGAGGCGACCAUCACAUUACAAGAUAUUGAGCUCAUGUUUGGCAUGGUUGUUGAUGGUAAUCCCUUGAAUGAUGUUAAUGCUAGAAAUAUAAGUAUUGUUGGGUGGCAACAAUUAAUCCAUGAGCUUAUUGGUUGGGCACCCGGUCUGGAUUGUUUUAAUGGUGUUAGUAGGUUAGAACUAAAUAAAUUAAUUGAAUAUAUUAGAGGCUUAGAUGACAUUACAGAUCAGACUCCAGAAAUUAUUGUGCAACAGCGGGUUAGGUUGUACUUGCUAUGGCUUUGUGGCGGCACGAUAUUUCCGGAUAAGUCCGGUGACUUACUUAAUUUAGACUAUUUGCUUGACAUGCGUGACCUUAGAGCAAUGAGUAGACAAGCUUGGGGAGCGGCUGCAUUGUCAUAUUUGUAUACUUGUUUAUGCCGCGCUUCGUUGAAGAAAGCCAAGGAUGUGUGUGGAUUCAUUUCCUUAUUGCAGGCUUGGGAGCGAAUUAUACCGAUGCAGCCACCACCCAGGGCCCUUCAGCCACACACGGCUCUUGCACGAAAGUGGACUCAUCGUAAAGCUCGUGAAAAUGAGGCACGUGUUGUGCUACCCAUAUGUAGGGAUGUAUUAGAAAACCUAAUAGAUGCUCAGCCUUAUUCAGAGGCCAUCAUUAAUGGACUCCCUGAGUGGUGUCGGCGUGGCCGAGCUAUUUGGAUGGCGCAGGUUCCCCUUAUUUGUGGGAUCUAUCGAGAGUGGCACAUGGUAGACCGCGUUCUCAGACAGUUUGGUAGGAAGCAACAUAUUCCGGGACCAUGUGCUGAGAUAGAUCCUUCUCAUUACAAACGUGACAAGCGGUAUGCUAUAACAGUGGAGGAUCAACAAAAUUUUACACAAACGGACUUUUUGUGGGAAAAUCGUCGACAAAGGGUAAUUCUGGCCGAGUAUGAAACUCAAGACCCAGAGUCAUUAUCAGAGUAUUUUUGUUGGUAUCGACGUCACUCGUGCACUUUCAUAGGAAAUCCUGCGCAUAAUGUGGAUAGAGGAUACCAACACACAUGGCGAGCGGGCAUGAAAACCUUUGGACAUCAAGAAUCGUACAGGUUGGCUCAGGAGACUAUCCAAGAUCCAACCAAGUCUAAUGAAGUGAAGGAAUUAGUAGAGAUGUUUAGCCACAUUAAUACAGAGUCCAUGGCUGCUGCCUUUCUGGGGACGAUGUUGAGUUUCGCUCCCAAUUAUAGACCACCGGCAGAGUAUGUUGAGCCGCCUACUAUGCAAGUGCCUCGUCGUCAAUGUCCUAAUGUACCAAGACCUACGGCGCGUGGUAGAGGAUGCCAAUCAGGUAACAGACGGGGUCGAGGUCACGUGGAUCACCAGUUGGUUGAUGAGGAAGAGGUUCGUUUUGAUCAAGAUAUGCCCAGCUCAACGAUGCCUCAGUUGAUGAUGCAUAUUACCCAAUAA